GUGUUCAAAUCGAACAUCUCAAACCCGAAAUCUGGAUAUUUCGUACACCCAUUAGAAACGAAACCGCUGUUACUGGUCUGUACAUGAUUGUGUGCUGCAUGCUCAAAUGUAUGACAUAAAAUUAGGUAUGGGACUAAUUGCUCCUAGUGAGGUUGCCUUUUUUGUGUCACUUGCUUUUAAUAAUACUGUGCAGGCUUUUGUGUCGCCUUUCCUUCGGUAGCUAUUUCCAAAAUGCGAGCAAAAACAGCGCUAAUUUGGGUAAGGAUAUAAAACUGAUUGAUCUCCGCCGUUUGCAGCGUCUGUAUAUGAAAGCGACAUAUAGUAUUAAGUGGAUACUAAUUCCGAGUCCACGAGAACCGCUGGGUGCAAAUAUCGAAGUCAUCGCAAAGCGGUUGCCAUACAUCACAAAUAACGAAGGUGUCUGACCUUAAUUAAGCGUCAGUGGAUUGUGCGGGUGAACUGGUCGAUUCACUCGUAGUUGUUCCUUCUCCCCCACGCAUACUACCUAGAGUUGUCCUACUGUGAGACCCUGCCAUGGGAGAUGAGGGGGAUUUUGGUGAAAGCUUCCGCAGUGAAGAGCCUGAGAGCACAGGAGAGACUGGAUCAACUGAAGGAGCAGGAGGUGAAGAUCUUGAGGCCCCACCUGGUGAAGGACCGAAACCUGGUGCGGAGGGUGCUGGUGAAAAAGGAGGUUCGAGUUGGCUAAUUGUGGCUGUUAUUUUGGUCGUGCUGGUUAUUGCGGGAGUGGUAGCGUACUUUGUCUUUAUAAAGGGAGGGGGCGAAAAAACGGCAGUCACUGAUCAGCCAGGACCGGUGGCCACUGAAGAACAAGGACAGAAACCUACUCCAGAGCCCGAGGCGAUUCCGUGUUUGAUGAGCAAGAGGCCUUUCCUCACCCACACGUUUACUGAAGUCGCUGACGUGUCGACACUCAUGAAGGCUCAAAGCGAGACAGCUGGCUCCUCUGCAGUUUUAGAAGUAAGAAGUUAGAUUUUGUAGUUCUCCCUUGGCUGACCCUCCAAAAAGUGCCUCCGGCCCAUAGUACACUUAGCACACUACCGCGGGAGAUGGCAUGAGGUGCGCGGUGCGCUCGUUCUUACAGCUGCCAUUACGCGUUUCUUCUGCGGGCGAAGCGUUAAUGGAUUUUGUACUCUUGUAAGAGACACCUUCCUUUCUCACAGGCCUCUAACGAUCUGAGAAUGUCUUAGGUCGUGCAUUAAGUUGGUUCUGGGGAUACGGUAAAAUGCAGUUUGUAACCGUUGUUAAAAAUUAUCUGCGUUCGCAUUAUUUUACGCGUUUGUUUUUGCCCCACAAGAAAGUUGAAGUGGGUUUCUUAUAUCCGUUACGAAGUGGGUUUCUUAUAUCCGUUACGAAGUGGGUUUCUUAUAUCCGUUACGAAGUGGGUUUCUUAUAUCCGUUACAAAGUGGGUU